CUACGUGAAGCCUAUCGUGCUGUUUACGCUCAACUGCUAGUCGACAUACUCAAAUUCCUCUCGUUCUACCUCCACAGUGCUCAGAUACCGGAGCCUAUUGCCGUCCUCUACACAGCCAUAUUCCGUCUGUGUCUGGUCCUUUACUACAAAUUUCCAGACUUCCUGACGGAGUACUGUGAGCUCCGGCGAAUGACUGCCACCCAUUCUUUGUGGCGAAAUCGACACGUACGUGGCGAGCUACGCACCGGUCAAAGUGCUUUCCGAACUGGUGACUGUGUGCGCAUCACCGGCUUUCUCCUCACAUUCCUCAUCGAUCCUCCCGGUCUUUACACCUUGGCUCUGGCCGCUGCCACCGCCACCACUGAGGCGACGAGAGGGGAGCACAAUGGGAGUAAGGCGGUAGCUCAGGAGGCCCCACAUCCACCACAGGGCAGGAAGGCGGGUGGCCAACAGGCCAACGCCGCAAUGCUCUGCUCGGCCCGAGCCACCCAACAUCUCGCCAAUCUCCAAAACAACGUCGAGUUGACGAUGAAUGUAGUUCUGUACAUCUGCAUCACGGCAGUGAAGACACUGCGUCACUGCCUCCAGCUCAAUUGCAUGGCGAAUCAGCUGAGUUACCCAAACUCGCACGCGCACUACUUCUCCAACACGCUUCUCUACCUGUUUGCGGAGCAGUCGAAGGAGCAGAUGAAAGAGCUGAUUCGUCGCUUGUUGAUGGGAUCAGGCGCCUAA